UAUGUCGAUGGAUCCAUUGUAAAGAUUACUUUAAAGAAUUUUGUCACAUACGAUUACUGCGAAGUAUUUCCUGGUCCUCAGUUGAAUAUGAUUAUCGGACCUAACGGUACAGGAAAAUCAACAAUCGUGUGUGCAAUUGCACUCGGCCUAGGCGGAGCACCUUCACUUCUUGGACGAGCAAAAAACGCAAUAGAGUUUAUCAAAACCGGAGCAACUGAAUCGAUGAUUCUGAUCGAAUUAAAGAAUGGAAACGGUCCAAAUGUAACUGUACAAAGAAACAUUCACAAAGCUGGUAAUCAAAAUACCUGGAAACUCAACUCCAAGCCUUCUACACAAAAAGAAGUUAUUUCCACAAUUGCAAAAUUUGAUAUUCAAGUUGAUAAUCUCUGUCAAUUCUUACCUCAAGAUAAAGUAGCCGAGUUUGCCCAGCUUUCACCUCCACUACUUUUAAAAAGAACCCAAUUAGCCGCAGGUGAAAAGAAACUCUCCGAGUGGCAGGAUCAGCUUAUGACAUGGAGAUUGACUCAAAAGGAUCUCACAUUGUCAUAUGAAUCUGGGCAAACUCAUCUCAAGGUUCUGACAGAUCGUAAUGUUGGUCUAGAAAAAGAUGUACUCAAAUUGAAGCAACGUGAGGCGGCUUUGAAAAGAGUGGCCAUCUUAAAGGCGACCCUUCCGCUUGCCAAAUACUCUUCGGCUAAGAUUAGACACGAUGAAGCAAAGAUCGAAGAAGAAGAAAAGAAGAGAGUUGUACAACAAAUCGAGCAAUCACACUUGCCUAUUCAAGAAGCAGUCUCAACACUCGAGACAGAAUCCAGAAAUGCUGUAACUACCCUUAAUCAACUCAAACAGACUGCGACCGGUAUGUCUUCUCAAUUGACAGACACAACCCACCAGAUUGAAAGAUCGAAACUUGUGACAAAAGAAGCC